GGUGCGAAGUAAGAGACUUUCAAAAGCGGGAGGAAAAAAAAAAGUCAGCGCAGGUGUAUCCGCGAGGAGUCCCGCCGCCCCCCCCCGCUCCGAAGCUCCCUUCCAGCCCCCUCACGGUGUCAACUAGGCCGGGCCAGGCUUGGUCAGGAGAAAGACCCGCGGAAGAACACGAACGUGAAAGAGGCAGUGAGCCGUCCUACCCCUCUCGGAGAACCUUGAAGCGAACGGAGGGAGGGGGGGGCGGGGAGGAGCGAAAGCAGUUCCGGCCGCGUCGCCUAAAAAUAGCGCCCCGUGGAAAUCCAUGCGCCCGUGUCAGUGUCUCCGGAGGAGACUCGGCUGAGGAGGCGGCGGCGGCGGCGGCGACCGGGAGGCGGCAGAAGCGGCGGCGGCGGAUGGAUUUCUAAAUCAACCCAGUGCACGGUUCUGUGUUUGGGCUUUAGUUGUGGAAGAGAAAUGCCUACCAUGUGCUAGGAUACAAAGUUUGUGGAUCCUUUUAUUUCCGUGGUUCUGGAAUAUAAAGAGAGAAACAGGACAAAAUGGGGAGGAAGAAAAUACAAAUCACAAGAAUAAUGGAUGAGCGGAACAGACAGGUGACCUUCACAAAAAGAAAGUUUGGAUUAAUGAAGAAAGCCUAUGAACUAAGCGUGCUUUGUGACUGUGAAAUAGCACUCAUAAUUUUCAACAGUUCUAAUAAGCUCUUUCAAUAUGCCAGCACUGAUAUGGACAAAGUUCUUCUCAAAUACACAGAAUACAACGAACCCCAUGAGAGCAGAACUAACUCAGAUAUUGUUGAGGCUCUGAACAAGAAGGAAAACAGAGGGUGCGACAGCCCAGACCCUGACACUUCCUAUGUGCUCACGCCACAUACAGAAGAAAAAUAUAAAAAAAUUAAUGAAGAGUUUGAUAAUAUGAUGCGGAAUCAUAAAAUCGCACCUGGGUUGCCUCCGCAGAACUUCUCAAUGUCGGUCACUGUUCCUGUAUCCAGCCCCAAUUCUUUAAACUAUAGCCCUGGGAGCUCUCUUGUAUCCUCAGCCCUGGCAGCAAGCUCUACCUUGACAGAUCCCACACUGCUAACUCCUCCUCAAGCUUCAUUGCAUCGAAAUGUAUCACCUGGAGGUCCUCAGAGACCCCCAAGUACAGGUAGCGCAGGUGGGAUGUUGACCACCACCGAUCUCUCAGUGCCAAAUGGAACUGGUUCUAGUCCAGUGGGAAAUGGUUUUGUGAACUCACGAGCAUCCCCAGGUCUGCUUAGCAGCACUGGUGGCGGGAAUGGUUUAAGCAAAGUGAUGCCUACAAAAUCUCCCCCACCUCCUGGUGGGGGCAGUCUUGGAAUGAACAGUCGCAAACCAGAUCUCCGUGUUGUCAUUCCUCCGUCUAGCAAAGGCAUGAUGCCUCCAUUGUCGGAGGAGGAUGAAUUGGAGUUGGUGAGUCUGGGUUCUUACUUGAACACACAGCGGUUAAGUAGUUCUCAGUCCACGCAAUCUCUUGCAACACCAGUUGUAUCUGUGACAACUCCAAGCUUGCCUCCACAAGGGCUGGUCUAUUCUGCCAUGCCUACAGCUUACAAUACUGAUUACUCCUUGACUAGUGCAGACCUGUCAGCCCUGCAGGGGUUUAACUCCCCAGGAAUGCUGUCAUUAGGACAAGUUUCUGCCUGGCAACAGCAUCAUCUAGGACAGGCAGCUCUCAGCUCUCUUGUAACGGGAAGCCAGUUAUCCCAAGGUUCCAGUUUAUCCAUCAACACCAAUCAAAAUCUUAACAUUAAGUCUGAACCGAUCUCACCACCUCGAGAAAGGGUGACCCCCUCCACCUUCCAGUCGCAGCAACAGGCAUCUCAGCAGCAACCGCCACCACCUCCUCCUCAACAGUUGCGGCAAGAGAUGGGUCGCUCUCCUGUGGAUAGUCUCAGCAGCUCUAGCAGUUCCUACGACGGCAGCGAUCGGGAGGAUCCCCGGGGUGACUUCCAUUCGCCGGUCGGGCUGGGAAGACCUCCCAAUUCGGAAGACCGAGAGAGCCCGACGGUCAAACGGAUGAGAAUGGACACAUGGGUAACCUAAGCGUGCCGUUCUCUACCUUGCUUUCCACUUUUGAGUUACCCCAAUGAACAGUCCUGACAUAUCUAAAUUUAUAAAUAAGGACAUCAAAUAAAUAUUUAUAUGUGUAUAUAU